UAAUCCCUUCUUAUCUCUCAACUUUUAAUCCAAAUAAACCCAUAUCUAUCUUCGAUCUCUCUAUAUCCAUAGUCCAAAAUCCAGACAUCUUCUCUCACCAUCCAUGGCGGGUCACGUGAAAACAGGUUGUGGGUCUGCCGAGCAGCUGACUCAUGACGACGGCACGGACAUGAUCCGGAGAGGUCCGUGGACAGCUGAAGAGGACUCCAUGCUCAACACUUAUGUCACCAUCCACGGCGAGGGUCGCUGGAAUUCCGUCGCUCGCUGCGCAGGUCUGAAGCGAACCGGAAAAAGCUGCAGAUUAAGAUGGUUGAACUACUUGCGGCCUGAUGUUAGGCGUGGAAAUAUCAGCCUCAAAGAACAGCUAUUGAUUCUUGAGCUCCAUUCUCGCUGGGGAAAUAGGUGGUCCAAAAUAGCACAAUUUUUGCCUGGAAGAACAGACAAUGAGAUAAAAAACUAUUGGAGAACAAGGGUCCAAAAGCAGGCUAAGCAGCUCAAAUGUGACGUCAAUAGCAAACAGUUUAGAGACGCCAUGCGUUACGUAUGGAUCCCCCGGAUGAUGGAGCGAAUCCGGGCUGCAUCCGACCCCUACUCAGAUCAACCCGCUGCCGCAUAUAGCGCUGAUCACUGCCCCAAUAACCGCACGGCUGGGGUCACCCCAAGUCAAGCCCACGCCUUUGGGACAGACCCGGUUGACCCGCAUUUAAUGCCCGCAAUAUCGGUUACUUCAUCGGAUUCAUCGGAGGCCCAAGCAGUUUCGGAUCUAACCGAAUGUUGCGAUUUGUCGGGUGGCAAUUACCCGGAUAAUCCACAAAACAGGUCGUUUUCAUGCCAGCCGGGCUUGGAUAUCCAAGCAUUUGAGCAUAGUAAUGGAUGGUUUGAUGGUGGGGACUCAUCGUGGGAUGGCUUGUGGAGCGACGAAAAUAUGUGGUUUUUGCAACAGCAGCUUUGUGAUGUAGUCUAAAUAAUAGAAUUCUCUUCCGUCACGCAUUCAGGCAUUCAACCAUUUGUUAUUUAUUCCAUGAGACACAAUUAGUAGCAUUAAUGAGACAAAUUGUGGACCAA